AUGACCAUUACACCAGUUACCACCAAAAUCAUACAAGUGCCUCAUCUAGGUGGCAUUGACGCUAGCACGUACAUGCCUCGCCCUUAUGACCCCUCGAAGCCUACCCUCGUGCUCUGCAACUCCUUUGGCACAGGCGCAGACCUCUACAGACACCAGUACCAGAACGAAGAGCUCAAUAGACUGGUCAACUUGCUGGCAAUUGAAUUGCUAGGUCAUGGCCAGACCAGAGCAAAGAUUGAAAACUUCACAUAUUGGGACAGUGCGAUUAUGAACUUGCAAGUCUUGGACAAAUUGGAGAUCAAGGGCAGAAUUUUCGUAUUGGGUACCAGCCAAGGUGGAUGGCAGACGGUGAGAAUGGCAUUGUUGGCACCUGAANAGGGUAAGUCACUCCAAAAACACUCGACAAAGAUCAAAGUUAUUGAUGGCAAAACUGUUCAGGUCGCUGGUAUAAUACCUCUCGGCACAUCAAUGGACACAGAAAACGAGCGAACAGUAAAACUCGGCUGCUGGGACGCAAAGCAAAGCCUCACUCCAAUAAUCGACGGCUGGACAACCAACGAAAGUACACCAGACUUUACCCCUCCAGAAGAGUUCUGCCAUUUCAUGAACGCUUCUGGAUUUGGCAAGGAUAUCCCAGCCGAAGAUGGAGAAUUCUGGGUCAAGGCUAUCCAGAAGAACUGGGGUGGUGAUGACGGCCGCAGACGCGCCAGAAUGUGCGCUACCAACUUGCGCGACCGUGACGGUCUGUAUGGUAGAUUAUUUGAUGUGCGAGUCCCGGUGUUAUGGCUGCAUGGAGAUCAGGAUGUGGUGUACAGUGUGGCCAAUGCUGAGGAGGAGAUUAAACUCUUCGUCAACAGUCCUGAUGCAACGCUGCAAGUCAUCGAAGGCGGACCUCACUACCUGAACUACACCAAAGCUAGAGAGGUGGAUACUGCGGUUGUUGGUUUCUUGACCAAGUACGUCAAGCAGGCCAAGCUGUAG